AUGGACCAGCGCUGGGGCUUCCUCGUUCCUUGGUGUGAGGCCUUAAACAGGCGCUUCGACUUUAACGGUACCGAGUACGAAGAUACCGACAGAGACGCUCAGACGCGGCGACUUCGAGUGACGCUCCCCUCGAGAAGGUUUUGUGCCGACCAAGAGAGUUUCAAGACCAAGUUCCAACAAGUUCGAGAGGCGCUGGCGUUGUUAUCCGCGGUGGCUCGUGUGGACCACGCGGCUUGGAAGUUUUUACUAUCGAGCUAUUGUGGGGUGGAUCUCGGGAAAGAAGGAAGCGAAAUAUUUGAAGAAGAAAUCCCGGCUAGAUUUCUGCUGAUUCUUGACUUGGAAGAACGGCAGGCAAGUGAAAAUGCCGAUAGCGUCGAUUCGGAUCUCGUGGCGUUCUGUGGGGUCCGUCAGCGAGAUAAUCAAGCCCACGAGUAUUUGGAGGCGCUGGAAAAGAUUGCUGCUGUACGAGGUGGGAAGGAGAAGGUAUUGGAUAUCCAGAUUCCUGUGCGAGUGUUGUUCCGAGCUAGGAACUUGUUCUCUGCUAUCGUGGAUCGACCAGUGGGAGAGCUGGCAAUGGCUGCACGAGCUGAACGAGCGAUUAAAUCAGAGUGGGAAACCUAUGGGCAAGGAUUGGAGUUGCAAAGUGGAACGCUGGGGUCCAUCCGCUGCACGUUCGUGCUUGAGCCGAUGGUCGCCGACUUCAGCAACCGUCCAAUUCGACCCGAUAUGGUGGGAAUAGUCACGACGCUGAUAGCGGAGAACGUGUGGUUCUCGAGAGCGACGAUUUCUCUCUCGAAGUUACUGGGAGUUCCCUUCGAAGCCGAUCUUUUGGGGCAGUUGGUUGCAAGUGUAUUUGACUCGACGCGCCGCUCCUCAGACGACCAAGAGACUAUCGUUAAGUUUAUGGCUGAGUUCUAA